GCACCAAAAACAAUACGCAUGUCAAACUCAAAACCUCUCUCUCUCUGCCUCAACUCUAGAUUUUGACUCUCCAUAUCUACCCCUAUAAAGGGAGAUAGAGUAAAAGCCAUGCAAAAGGUAUUCCAAAGGCCUAAAGCAUUCAUCUUCUUCCCUCUUUCUUUAGAGACUCUCUUCUAUAAAACCCUUAUUGCUUUUUGAAACUCCAUAUAGAAAAAAAGAUAUAUGCAGACAGAAAAUAUCGACAUGGGUGGUGGUCCUGGUGGAGGUCAAGUGAACUCACGAUGGAAUCCCACAAAGGAACAGAUAAAUUUGCUUGAAAGCUUGUACAAGCAAGGUAUAAGAACACCAUCUGCUGAUCAGAUACAGCAAAUAACGGCUAGACUCAAAGAUUUUGGUCAUAUUGAAGGGAAGAAUGUGUUUUAUUGGUUUCAAAAUCACAAGGCAAGACAAAGGCAGAAACAGAAACAAGAGAGCUUGGCUUAUUUCAAUCGCUAUCUUUACAAGCCUCAGCAGCAGCAGCAGCUUGUGUUUCCACGUCCUUCCACAAAUGGCGUUGUUUGUGGAUCAUACUACAUUCCACAGAGCGAUGUAGGGUUUUAUCCACAGUAUUCGACGGUGCUACUCCCCGCCGGUAGCUUCAAGAGGAAGCCGAGGAGUGAAAAGGCUGACAAAGCAAGAGCCUAUGUUUCUACUGAUAGAAAACAGCAGGAGGCUAUGAAUGGCAAUUGCAAUGAAACUUAUCAAGAGACAUUGCCUCUCUUUCCUUUGCACCCAACAGGCAUUUUACAAGGAAGAGAAGAGAGUUUUUGUUCUCAUGGUUCAAUUAUUUCUGCUGAGGAUUCCAUUGCCAUUGCUGCUCCUUCAAGCUUCUCUGAGAAUAAUACUGUUGGCAUUGAACUGUGUUCUAGUGAUAAACCCUUCUUUGAUUUCUUCUCUGGACAAGAUGCCCUUGAGAGUGAUUAAUUGAGCGUUCUCUAAGUUCUUUUGAAAUGGUAGUGAUUUCUGAAAUGAAUUAUGUAUUAGCCUUUGAUUAAAAACCUAAGUUUAUAAUUUUAUCCAAA